CUUAGACAGAUUUUCCCAGAAAAACCCUUAGAAAAUCCUAAAUCCUCCCAUUUUCUCGUCAUACAAACAAGAAGAUGACUGGUGACACGAAGGUUAAUCGUGGUGAGAUUGAUGAGAGCAAAGUCAAAGCGCCAAACAUGUUUGAACGGGCCAAAGAGGAGUUCGAUGCUGUUGUUGGGGCUAUUCAUCAACGCAAGAGUUCCAAGGACGAAUCUGAUCAAAUGGAAUUCAAAUCCGCAUCAACAGAAGAUGAGAAUAAGAAACCGAAUAUGAUGAGAAAGGCCAAGGAGGAAAUAAAAUCUCUGUUCCAUUCCAAGGAGAAACCUCAUCAUCACAAAGAAACUCAUGGAAGGAGUGAUGAUAUCGAUGAGAACACACAUGUAGAUGAAGUGAAGGCUCCCAAUGUUUUCGAGAGAGCCAAGGAAGAGAUAGAGGCUGUCAUCGACACCAUCCAUUCCAAGAAGAAGGAGACUGACGGUUCUGAUUCUCCUAAGCGUUCCCGGUCUGUCUCACCGGAGAAGGAGAGAGCUGGAUUCGGAUGCUCUCUUGGAAAGGGGCUGGAAAAGAUUUGUGCUCCUUGGGGGAAUAAUAAAAACGAUUGAGUUAUAUUCAUUAUGUUU